AUGGGUCAUGACGGUCAGCCCCCGGACUGUCCUCAGGGCAUGAAAGCUAUAACCAAGCCACACCCUCUUCAAGGAGGGAAGGAUAAUGGAGCAAGAACUGCAUGCAGCACUGCAGGAGGAGACCCGAUGCCAGAAACUGCUCGAAUGGAAUUUUCACUAAAGCAUGCCCUUUGGAAACUUCUAGAAACAGCUGGGAUUAUUUCCCAAGAUGUAGAAACAACAGUGGCUUUGUUUAAAGGUUUGUUCAGGUUUGAAGUGGUUCAGGGAUGGUCGGGAAAAUUGCACACUUGUCUGUAUGGGCAGCUUCCCAAGUUUGAGGAUGGAGACCUCACCCUUUACCAAUCUAGUGCCAUCCUGAGGCACGUGGGCCACUCUUUUGGACUUUAUGGGAAAGGCCAGAGGGAAGCCGCCCUGGUGGAUAUGGUGAAUGAUGGGGUGGAGGACCUUCACUACAGAUAUGUCACCCUCAUCUACACCAUCUAUGAGAAUGGUAAGGACGACUAUAUGAAGGCCCUGCCUGGGCAUCUGAAGCCUUUUGAGACCCUGUUGUCCCAGAACCAGGAAGGUAAAGCUUUCAUCGUGGGUGAUCAGAUUUCCUUUGCCAAUUACAACUUGCUGGACCUGCUGCUGGUCCACUUCCCCCUGCUCGCUGCCUAUGUGGUUCACCUCAGUGCCCAGCCCAAGAUCAAAGCCUUUCUGUCCUCCUCUAACGAUGUGAACCGUCCCAUCAAUGACAAGGGCAAACAGUAG